AGUGAGAGGAGAGAAUUUCAGUCGGCUCUCGCUGCGUUAAAUAUCGUUGAAUAUUGGUGCGGGUGGUACGCGAUUGAUAGAGAAUUGUGACCGGGUGCUUCGAAUAGUGGUGCGGCAUCCGCGAAACUGCUGCACGUUCGGAGAUAUGUGGACCGCGGCUGUGCGCUCGCAGCCGAUUCGUACAAAAACACUGAUCGCGUCUGCCGGUCGCAACUUCCGUCGGUCGUAAGAGUCGCGAUCGCGAGUGGUGCGCCCGUUUUGUUGUUUGUGCCCCGUCCGGCGACGGCACACGCAGCGCGCUCCGUUUUCGGCUCCAUUCAAUUAAAAAUAGUUGCGUUGUUUUUGGGUUCGCGCAAGCGGCGCGCGUCCGUUCAGUGAGUGUGGUGCGUGCGAGCGAGCGGGCGAAGUAGCGCGACGACCGUGCCAGGAUUGGCCAUUUUGUUUUGAAAAGUACGUGCGCCGCAAGAAGGCCAGCAAGCGAGAGCAAGCGGAUCGUUCGUCGUGCAUGGUGAGCGCCGCGCACCGCUGUGGGUUUCUUUUACGAGCGGGCGGUCAUGGCGUCGUCGGCGUGAAGACCGCGACUCCAGCCCCCUAACCCCUAGUCGCCGAAGAUAGUCGCACACGCGCCCCCAGCCGCCACCAAGCAAGCGCGUAGUCAGCAGCAGCAGCCGCCACCGCGCACCACCAUGUCCGACCAUCACCGCGCCAAUUGGGGCGCGCGCGAGGACGGCAUGUGGUGGCCCGGCGCGGUCGCCGCCGACCAGCAGACGCUGCAGCACCACCAGAUGAUGCAGUCUCAGAGCAUGCCGCAGCCGCCGCCUCCGCAGGCACAGAGCCACCCCGUCGGUACGCAGGCGGCGCCCACGCAGCAAGAGCAGAUCUUCUCGUAUAAGAUGGCCAGCAGCUUCCAGAAUCCGGCGACGACGAUAUCCAAUGUGUCUUCCACGAGCCCCGUCGGCGCCGCCGGCAUUCGCGGCUACGAUUACCGGCUCGGCGGCGGCAUGGCCGGUGGCAAUCCGGCGAUGAACGCGCCCGCGCCUGCCGCGCAAUGGUGGACAUCGUAUCCUAGUGCAAUGGACAAUUCAAUGCAAAGUAACAAUAUGCAAAAUAACGGACAGAACAAUCUGCAGAAUAACAUACCCCCUAAUAUGCAAACCAUGCAAUCUGUACAUACUCCCCCUCCAGUGUCACAAGCGCAAGCGAAUUUUGAAGCUCAGCAAAGGCAUCAUCAGCAACUAGCCGAACACCAUAGACAACAAUUAGAAGCGCACGAAUUGCACAGGCAAGCCGUCGACGCGCACCGACAGCAACAACAGCAGCACCAGAACCAUCAGCAAACCCAGCAGCUGCACCAGCAGAACCACCAUCCGGUGCAUCAUCCACCCGCGCCGACGCACAAAGGUAGAAUGCCGCGAGGAAAGGGAGCCGACGCGAGGCCGAGGGGCCGUAUGACCGCCUACGCCUUCUUCGUCCAGACGUGCCGCGAGGAGCACAAGAAGAAACACCCGGAGGAGAAUGUUGUCUUCGCAGAGUUCUCGAAGAAGUGCGCAGAGAGAUGGAAGACCAUGUCCGACAAGGAGAAGAAGCGUUUCCACGAGAUGGCUGAGAACGAUAAGAAGCGUUACGACGCCGAGAUGCAGAACUACGUGCCGCCCAAGGGCGAGAAGACGCGAGGCAAGAAGCGGAAGCAAAUCAAAGAUCCCAAUGCACCAAAACGUUCAUUGUCCGCCUUCUUCUGGUUCUGUCACGACGAGAGGGCCAAGGUGAAGGGCGCCAACCCCGAAUACGGUGUUGGUGAUAUUGCAAAGGAGCUGGGCAGAAGGUGGUCAGACGCCGAUCCCGAGGCUAAAUCAAAAUACGAACAGAUCGCCGAGAAAGACAAGGCUCGCUAUGAAAAAGAAAUGACAGCGUAUAAAAAAAAGAACAAUCCGCUGAUGCAAGUGGCCCCCCCUCCUGUACCUGAACCAGAGGAGGACGAAGAAGAAGAGGAAGAUGCCGAUGAGGACGAAGACGACUAAAUAAUUCGUACAAAAUUAUUUAAAACAAAAAAUAAUCGUUAAAGAAAACAAAUUUACAACCUUAAUAUUAGCCGAAACAAGAAAAAAGAAGUAAAACUAAAAAUUACACAUUUUUUAAAAACAAAGAACAGAAAGCGAAAAAGCGUCUAAGUCAUCCACUCACUCUCUCACAUUCGAAACGCCAUCCUCGAAUUGGAGCAACGUCUAAAUAUCGAAACAUUACAGUCACGUGUGCAUUCGAUGUGUGCAAGACGACGAGACCACUCAUUGCAUUAGCCAAACAUCCACAACAGAACCACCUCUCGCAUCGCCUUUCAUUCAUUCCUCUCUGAUGGUGUACAUAUAGAGCUACAGAAGUAAUCGUAACGCGUUGUACGAAGUUUCGCACUACAAACAGCAAGGUAAACGAAUGCGUACGCAGUUAUGCCGAAACUGAGGAAAAACAACACAUAAUUGAUGCAUAUAAAAGUAAGAAUUACAAAAAAUAUAUAUAAAUAUAUGAAUAAUUUAAGUAAGGACUAAACAUUUAAACAAAUCAAGUAAAACGAGAUGAAAUGCAGAAAAACCUAAUGUUGCGGGACGGUGCGAUGAAAGAGAUUCUCUCGAAUGACUAAUGUUGUCGUGUCAUUGUAAAUUUUAUUGUCCGAUGAGUGGCGAAGAUCACAAAUAACAAACCAAAACUCACAAAAGACUGUUUAAAGCGUGUAUGGCGGCCGGCGUGUAACGGAGCGCGCACAGUGAUGCUUUGCUGCGUACCGCGCGCGGCGGCGGCGCUCGCUGACAUAACCGACAAGCUGUUCGCUGAUCCUCUGAACAACAGACGGGGAGGUUUCUUUUAUUUUGGGGGGCCGUUUUAGACGACGAGUAAAUAGGUAUAUAACAUUUAGUAUGACUGUUGUAACCAGCGCAGCGACCAGAAUGGAAGGAAGCGUGCACACCGCAAUUCUCUCAUUAAAGUAUAAUUAACAAUGGAUUAUAAGCAGAAUGCAGAAAAAUGAAUAAUGCAGUAAAACACAACAUACUUAGCCACUUUUAAUCGUAUUAUCGAUGAAUAUAAGAAAAAUAAAUUACUAAGGAUUUAAGUAAAUAUUAUUAUUGAUAAGGAUUUAAGAUUAAUAAUAAUAAUAAUGAAAAAAGCGAAGAAAAGUUUAUUAUUAUAUUAUAUUAUGGCCCUGGCGACGUUUCGUUCCAUUCCUUCAUUGUUUUUGUGAUGAGAGAGACUUUCGCCAGAGACGUCGAAACGAAACUUGUAAACUCACGAGGGGAAUCGUAAUGUAAUAAGUUAAGCAAGCGUGAUCGACGAUGAGGUGCGCGUAAGACGAAGAGAGUGUUGUAAAUUAACUUAUUAAUAGGGAGGUGCGGCACCGCGGCGUUUGGUCGCGAUGCGCGAAGAGUGCAAACGUUCAGUCAGCCAUAUAAUAUAACGCUAACACUUUUUGGACGAAAAAAAAACGAUACAAAAAAACAAUGUGUGUAUUAUAAUCAAUAUUUUAUUUUGUUCUCUAUUAUUAUUUUCGUUCUUAAGAGAAAAACCGAUGUUUUUUCGUUCGUUUCUUAUGUAUAACUUAAUGCUACUAUUUUUUAUAACUAUUAUUCAAUAAUUUUCGUUUUUUAUUUUACUACUAAACACGAAAGCAAGCAUGAGCGAGCAAGGCGAAGCGACGAAGCAUAUGUAAAAAUUAUUUUUAAGAUUCCAACAAAUGCCAGGCGACAUUCGUCCGAGCACACACACGUUAUACACGUUUCGAGAGUCUGAAAAAGCAUUUGCGAACAAAUCUCGAGACGGAUCCAUGAUUUUCCCGCAUCGACGUCAUUCGUUCGACGUUUGUUUCUUUUCUCAGGCUACCCUUACCACUUAGGCGAGCUAGCGGUGCGAAAAGUUUUUCAUUUUUAGAGCGGCGAGAACGGACGCGACCGUUCCCCGAGACGACUUAUAGCUCGUACACUUAUUUUAAUUGAUAAAAGUUACAUAUAUCCCGAGACGGGUUCGAAUGAUGGACGCUAACACACACAGAUGAAAACAUUAAUUAUUUUUGCAUAUCUCUGAAGGAAACUAAUGAAAUAAACGAGACGAAGUGAAAAAUAUUAUAGUAUAUAGAAACGCCUGUAUGUAUUGUAUAAUUUUUGUAAGCAACAGUGCAGGACGAGAGAAACAACACGAAUCUUAAGCAAAAUCUAACCGAUGUGAUUGCCGUGUCUCACGCACGACACGAUCAUCUUAAUUAUUAUUUCAAAUUCGAUCAAAAGUCGCCGGUUUAUUUCAUUUUCAUUCUUUAUUAUAGUAACGAAACUACAUUAAAUUAAAAGAUAAAUUAAAAAAUGAUAAGUUGGAAAUCUGUUUUUAAUAAUAAAUAAAAUAAAUGAAUAAAUAAAAAUUAGUAAAAAA